UAUAAAAUAGCCACGAGAUAUAUCAUAUAUGAAUUUUGUUGGUUCACACUGGAGUGACCACAUUUUUUGGGUUGUUUUGUGAUUUUGACUGCUUUUCUGUUGUUUGUCAAAAUUCAAAACAUCUGAUUAACUCCAAGUCUUUCUCUGCCUCUUCUCUACGGGAAUCGCAAUAGAUCACUACAUUUAUUGUCAUUUUGAUUAAGGCAAUAUCCCUAGCGCAAACCCAGGAAACGGGCACAAUGCUGCUAUCGUCAGGAAUCCCCGCGUGUAAAACGUGUAAUUCGACGACUCAGCAAUUACAUAUGCCAGUUUUAUGAUUUUUUGGUAUCAUUUGUAACCAUAAAAACGUUGAAAAACUACACGAUUGUGUUUGGUUAGGAGAAGCCGUAUAAAAUCUGUUGAUUGUAAUCGCGCGAGCGCGGGUUGGUCAAAGCUUUUUCCUCUUUGACUCAAGCGCGAAGCCUAACUUGACAGAUACAGAAUUCCCUUCGGAGUUGCCAUGUUUCACCGAUCAUGCAGAAAAAGUUCCGAAGUUUCACGCCCACCUUUUUUUCUUCAAUGGUCAGUUUCCCCGUGAUAACGAAUUGUUGCUGUUCGCCAUUCAUCUUCGCUCGUAAAUAUUUCAACACUUAUCUGUGAAGCGGCAUCUCACAGGAAGCAUUGUUUCAUCAACAGAAACGGGAUAUAGUUAAAAUUAAAAAAAAAUCCCUCUGCCCAAUCUGUUUCUUGGACCCGACCCAGAAAGGAAGAGCUCUCACAAAAAUGACCCGCUGUCUUUCGGAUACCUUGUGAAUCACCUAUUUACCUCGAUGAUAUAACCUACUCAUUCUUUUUGAAGAAGGAAAACUCCAAUUACAUAUGUAAUACGUUUUUUGAGUUGAAGCACCUGCUGAGCUAAUGAAGGAACAGGUACAAAGCUCUAUUCUGUUUUGGGGAGAGGUCACGUUGCUAAGCGGUCAGUAAUUAGCCCCAAUGGGAUCCUUGGAUGUAACGUCUGGCGUAGUUGGCCUACCCAGGCGCUCUGAGAAUGAUCACCCAGACGUCAGUGAAAAUCUUCACACGGAAAAUCCAAGGAGUGACAAGAACAAAAACAGGUUCCUACUGAUCAUGGAGAAAGUGAAUAUGGUGUUUUUGAUUGUGUUGGUCUGUUAUCUCUCGUGGACGAUUCCCGCCACUUUUGGUCUGUUUGAUCCGCCAAGUGCAGCUUCAUCAUCAACAAUACUCCAGAAUGAUAAUACAUCAUUGCUGAAUCAAACAGACAGCUUAAUUGUAGAUAAAAGUAUUGCAGACAAAGUCAUUCAAGGUUUCUUUGACUUUAACAAUGACUCCAAGUCGUCAUCAUUCCCGCCAAAACAUUCCAAGAAAUGGAAGGCAGCGAGACGCAGACGGCUAAAGAAGAAGAAGAAUUCAAGCAAGAGGCGCUUAAGGAAGAAGAAUAAACAGAGGAGGAAGAACAAAUCGCUGAAGAGAAGAAAGGGGCGGAUUUUACAUAAAUUAAAACCAAUAACGAUUCGUCAGAUCAUAGAAAUGGUGGCACAAGAAGCCUUGACGAAAACAUCCGGGUCCUACAAUUAUAACCAACUCGAGGCCGAAAUACUUGGUACCAAAUUCCCAACCAAGUCAUCACAAGUGUCUAGCACAGAAUCGUCUGUCAAACUACAGAUCGAUGUAGCUAGCUCAAACGAAUGGUCACCUUGGAAUCCAUGUUCAGUUACUUGUGGAAUGGGGCAACAGGAGAGGUCACGUGACUGCGGUUCAGCUUGCCGCGAGAUGGAGACACAGGCCUGCUAUGGUAAACCUUGUUAUGAUGAUGGCAUUAGAAAAAAGAAAAAGUUUUCUUGGGAAUACCAAAAUAUCAUUCCCGACUCGACGCUAAGACCGAAGGAUUUCAUCAAUCCUGAAAAAGAUGUCUGUAAAAGAUGGAUGUCUUGCAAUAAAGAUACGAUAGCCUCAUAUUUGAAGCGUGCCGCCCUACCAAGUUGUCCAUGCUUGUAUCCAUUACAUUUGAACUAUAACCCCAAAGUCUGGGACCCACAGACAAAACAACACUUUAAUUGGUUGGAAGUUGAUUUGAAGUCCGAGGGUCUUUAUGCAUACAAACCCAGCGCCAAAUUUUGCAUCCGGUCAAAACUGUACAAAGGCGUUCAAACGCUAGCCUCGCAGAUGUGUUGCUAUGACAACGAAUUCAAAUUGAUUACAAGGGGAAAAGGGGCUGGAACCCCUAAUCUCAUUAGCCCUGAAAUGUCUCCCGAACUGCAUCACAAACUAGACAUAAAUCCGUGGAUCAUUUGCAAGGGCGAUUGGUCAAGAUACAAUCAAAUUCUACCUCCAGAUAACGAACAAAAUUGUUCUACUAAUCCGGACGAUAACGUCAUUCUGCAGCAGAGAAUCGACAGCGAAAAUUACUGACGUCAAAAAGUGCUACUUUUUUAUGAAAGGAGAAUAUCUAUUGUUUUAACGGGAAGUAGGAAAAUUCCAUUUCCGAUGUUAUGAGUCCCUUUUUUAUACGAUUUGUUUACAGUUUGAAAGUAAACUUUGUGUUGUUAGAGACACAGUUGUUCGCUCAUACGGGUAUUUGGAUAUUUUAUUUUGUAUAUAUAAAACACGUUUUAUUUUCAUGGUAUGUAAAUAAUAAAACGACAAAAUGUU